AUGAUGUCCCUCAACGUCCCUGAAUUGGUCACGGUUGUUAGCCACCUCUCCCUGCGCCCCGCCAGCAUGAGAGGGGUGGCCGAAAUGUGGAAGAACAUCCUGGUGAGGUUCUUCCCCACUAACGGGUAUGCCGAGUUCCCCUUCCAAGGCACUGACUACUGUAUCAAUCUUGACCUGAAUACUCAUGGUGACUUGGGCCUAGGCUCCGUCGUACGCACUCAGGGUUUCAAUACGGGCGUCCACUUUCUUCAGGUCAACUUCGCGGCAGCCCCAGCUGACGGCUCGGCUUUCUCCUGGGAGGGAAACGAGCACUUUCUGAAGCAGGACCUCCGUCGUUCGCUGCAGAGUGUUCCUGACGACCGGAAGAGCGCCAUCUAUGGGCUAAUCGCAAUCGGGCCCUACGUGCGCUUCUACAAGUACAUGCCUGACGGUCAGUGUGCUCCUGUCACCUUUGUGGAAGGCAAGCAGACGCUGCACAUCCACAGUGACCAGGCGGCCAUUCGGGAAUUUCUCGCCGGCGUCAAGGAAGAGUGGAUGUGA